CGUCACCACACGUUGCGCCUUUAGAACGUCCACCCUCUGUAAAGUCAGCUGGAAAACCAGCUUCUGAUUGGCUGGCUUGUUGCCGUGGGGAGAGCAAUGACAACAGAAGCUGGCGCGGCACUGGCAGCUGCAGUACAGAAUGGAAAACGUGGGAGAUGGCUCGGCUGCGGCUCCUGUGGACAGUUACAGACUGACAGAAGAGAUACAGCUAGAAAAGAAUAAGAAGGAAAUGCUGCAGAUGUCAACAUUUGAAUUGAAGAAUACAAUAGCUGAACUGGAACAAAGACUAAAUAGUGUGGAAGAUGAAGGUAAUGAAUGGAAAACAAGAUAUGAAACCCAAAUUGAACUCAACAAGCAGUUAGAAAGGCAGAUUUAUAUUCUUAGAGAAAAGUCUGAAAAUAUUCGUGGCAAUCCCACAGAUCGACUGUCCUCCAUCCGUUCCUUAGAUCAGAUGCCUGUGGGAGCCUUAAACCAGUUUGUUAAACAUCUUGAUGACGAAAAGAUACUUUUGGAAAAUCAGCUGAAGAAUUUUGAGCUCCGAAUAGAACAAGAAGCAAAGGCAUACUAUAAAGUUAACAAUGAAAGAAGAAUGUACAUCUCUGAAAUUGCUCAGACUUCCGUAACUCAAGAAGCUGCUAAGAAACAGCAGUCCGAUCCAGCACACGCCACACGGGAAAAGCCAGCUUUUAAAGCAAAGUAUAAUGGUCCUGCAAAAAGAAGGACAAUGACCAAAAGAAGAGGGGAAAUGACAAAAGGAAGCCACCCCUCAAAUAUGAAGCAUUAACUUGAAGAAAAGCACUCU